AUGUCCAACUACAACGACAACCCGUUUGCUUCCUCACACUCACUAGACGCCAAUCCCUUUGACGACCCUCAGGAUGACCAUAACGCCCGACUCGAACAAAUUCGUCAGCGCGAAGCUGACUUAGAACGUCGCGAGACUGAACUCAACAAAAGAGCGGACCAGAUUAGGGCACACGGAAGAAAGAAUUGGCCUCCAUUUUUCCCAAUUAUUUACCAUGAUAUCAAGGAAGAAAUCCCAGAGGCCUCCCGUUCUCUCAUAACACGUCUCUAUCAGCUAUGGCUGGUUCUCCUUGUAACCCUUAUCAUCAAUAUGAUCGCUUGCAUCUUCAUUCUCGUCGCUGGCUCGGCGGAUGGCGGAAGAGAUGUUGGCUCCUCAAUAGGUUAUUUAUUCGUCAUUUCAGCUACCUCGUUCCUCCUCUGGUAUCGUCCGAUUUACAAUGGCUAUAUGAAGGAGCAAUCCCUGUACUACUACCUGUAUUUCUUCUUCGGUGGCUUCCAUCUCUUAUUCAGUAUCUACAUGAUAAUUGGAAUUCCAAGUACCGGAUCGGCCGGUCUCAUUCAGACAGUUCAGAUGUUUUCGCGACACCAAUGGGCCGCCGCCGUACUCGCUUUGAUCGCAACCAUCGGAUGGCUUGCUCAGGGUUUGGGAAAUGCUUUUUACUACCGGCUGAUCUACGCGCAUCAUACCGCUGCUGGUCAUACGAUGGAAAAGGCUAAAACCGAGUUCGCAGCACAUGGCGCGAGAGCGUACUUCACGCGGGGUUGA